AUGCUUUCUGCUAGAUCAAUUGCUAGAACAUCUCGUCGUAGUCUUGCUACCGCUGGGUUAACUAGAGACUCUAAGGUUAAUCAAAAUCUCCUUGAAACCUUUUCAUUUAUUCAAUACAAGAAGCAUCUUGAAAAUGUCGAAAUUGUCAAGAACAGAUUGAACAGACCUUUGACUUACGCUGAAAAGCUUUUAUACGGUCACUUGGAUGAUCCUCACAACCAAGAUAUCGAAAGAGGUGUCUCUUACUUGAAGUUGAGGCCUGACAGAGUUGCUUGUCAAGAUGCCACCGCUCAAAUGGCCAUUUUACAAUUCAUGUCUGCUGGUAUGGAUGCUGUUGCUACUCCAUCCACUGUCCACUGUGAUCACUUGAUUCAAGCUCAAAUCGGUGGUGCCAAGGAUCUUGCUAGAGCCAUUGACUUGAACAAGGAAGUCUUUGACUUUUUAGCAUCUGCCUGUGCCAAGUACAACUUGGGUUUCUGGAAGCCAGGUUCCGGUAUUAUUCAUCAAAUUGUCUUGGAAAACUAUGCUUUCCCAGGUGCUUUAUUGAUUGGUACUGAUUCCCAUACUCCAAACGCUGGUGGUUUAGGUCAAUUAGCUAUUGGUGUCGGUGGUGCUGACGCCGUCGAUGUCAUGGCUUCCUUGGCUUGGGAAUUAAAGGCCCCAAAGAUUAUCGGUGUUAAGUUAACCGGUAAGAUGAGUGGUUGGACCUCUCCAAAGGAUAUCAUCUUGAAGCUUGCUGGUAUCACCACCGUUAAGGGUGGUACUGGUGCUAUUGUUGAAUACUACGGUUCCGGUGUUGAAACCUUCUCCUGUACCGGUAUGGGUACUAUCUGUAAUAUGGGUGCUGAAAUUGGUGCCACCACCUCAGUCUUCCCAUUCAACAACUCUAUGGUUGACUAUUUGAACGCUACCGGUAGAUCCGAAAUCGCUCAAUUUGCUAACUUAUACAAGAAGGACUUCCUUUCUGCUGAUGAAGGUUGUGAAUAUGAUCAAGUUAUUGAAAUUGACUUGAAUACUUUAGAACCUCACGUUAACGGUCCAUUCACCCCAGAUUUAGCUACCCCAAUCUCCAAGAUGAAGGAAACCGCUAUUGCUAACGGAUGGCCAUUAGAAGUUAAGGUUGGUCUUAUUGGUUCUUGUACCAACUCUUCUUACGAAGAUAUGACCAGAGCUGCUUCUAUUAUUGAAGACGCUGCUUCCCACGGUUUGAAGGCUAAGUCCAUUUACACUGUUUCUCCAGGUUCCGAACAAGUUAGAGCCACCAUUGCCAGAGACGGUCAAUUGAAGGUCUUCGAAGACUUUGGAGGUGUUGUCAUGGCUAACGCCUGUGGUCCAUGUAUCGGUCAAUGGGACAGACAAGACAUCAAGAAGGGUGACAAGAACACCAUUGUUUCUUCUUUCAACAGAAACUUUACCUCAAGAAACGAUGGUAACCCACAAACUCAUGCUUUCGUUGCUUCCCCAGAAAUCACCACUGCAUUUGCUCUUUCUGGUGACUUAGGUUUCAACCCUAUCACUGACACCUUAUUGGACUCUGAAGGUAAGGAAUUCAAGUUGAAGGCACCACAAGGUGUUGGUUUACCAGCCAACGGUUACGAUGCUGGUGUUAACACUUACCAAGCUCCACCAGCUGACAGAUCAGCCGUUGAAGUUCUCAUUGCUCCAACCUCCGAUAGAUUACAAAAAUUAACUCCAUUCAAGCCAUGGAACGGUAAGGAUGCUGAAAGAUUACCAAUCUUAAUCAAGGCUGUUGGUAAGACCACCACUGAUCAUAUUUCUAUGGCCGGUCCUUGGUUGAAAUACCGUGGUCACUUACAAAACAUUUCUAACAAUUACAUGAUUGGUGCCACUAACGCUGAAAACGGUGAAAUUAACAACGUUAAGAACCACUACACUGGUGAAUACAAGAGUAUCCCAGAUACUGCUGGUGACUACCGUGACGCUGGUCACACUUGGGUUGUCAUUGGUGACGAAAAUUUCGGUGAAGGUUCUUCCAGAGAACACGCUGCCUUAGAGCCAAGAUUCUUAGGUGGUUUCGCUAUCAUUACCAAGUCUUUUGCUCGUAUUCACGAAACUAACUUGAAGAAGCAAGGUUUAUUACCAUUGAACUUCACUAACGUUGCUGAUUACGACAAGAUUCAACCAGAAGAUGAAGUUGACAUUGUCGGAUUAACUGAAUUAACUCCAGGUAAGAACUUGAUCUUGAGAGUUCACCCAGCUAACGGUGAUGCUACUUGGGAAACUGAAUUAUCUCAUACUUACAACGCUGAACAAAUUGAAUGGUUCAAGUACGGUUCUGCUUUAAACAAGAUGGCCGCUGUCAAGGCAGGAAAAUAG